GCCGCGGCGUCAGUGCAAUAAAAAUGCAUCCCAUGGAACUGCCCGUGGAGAAGGACUGGACCGAGCCGAGGCGGCCACAGGAGGUGGGAAAAGCGGAGGAGGACGGCCCGGAGGCGGCGGCGGCGGCCGGGAAGUGAAAGGUCUCGCAAAGUUCAGCGGCUGCUGCCGGCGCUCAGCCCCGGGCUAGCGGCGCACCCGCCCUCAGGGCAGCGCGGCCCGGCGGGCUAUGGUCCUGGGGCUCCGGAGCUGCCCGGGCCCCGCCAGGCCGGUGCGCGACGGUCCCCCGGCCGCCCGGCGUGGCCCCGGCCCGCGGCUCUGCGCCCACGGUGCGCACUGAACGAGCCCAGCGCCGGGAGGACCAGGAAGCUCCGAGCCCGGCGUUUCCAGGACCGCCGCCGCUUCAUCCCACCGGCUCCCGGCGCUGCCCGGCCAUGGGGAGCUGCGCACGGCUGCUUCUGCUCUGGGGCUGCUCGGCUGUGGCCGCAGGAUUGAGCGGAGUAGCUGGAGCAAGUUCCCGCUGUGAGAAGGCCUGCAAUCCUCGAAUGGGAAACUUGGCUUUGGGGAGAAAACUCUGGGCAGACACCACCUGUGGUCAAAAUGCCACCGAACUGUACUGCUUCUAUAGUGAGAAUACUGAUCUCACUUGCCAGCAGCCCAAGUGUGACAAGUGCAACGCUGCCCACCCUCACCUGGCCCACCUGCCCUCUGCCAUGGCAGACUCGCCCUUCCGGUUUCCCCGCACAUGGUGGCAGUCCGCAGAGGAUGUGCACAGAGAAAAGAUCCAGUUAGACCUGGAAGCAGAAUUUUACUUCACUCACCUCAUUAUGGUGUUCAAGUCCCCUAGGCCUGCAGCCAUGGUCCUGGACCGGUCCCAGGACUUUGGGAAGACAUGGAAGCCUUAUAAGUACUUUGCAACAAACUGCUCUGCUACAUUUGGCCUGGAAGACGAUGUUGUCAAGAAGGGAGCCAUUUGUACCUCUAGAUAUUCCAGUCCUUUUCCAUGCACUGGAGGAGAGGUUAUUUUCAGAGCUCUGUCACCACCAUAUGACGUAGAAAACCCUUAUGGUGCCAAAGUUCAGGAGCAGCUGAAGAUCACCAACCUCCGCGUCCAGUUGCUCAAGCGACAGUCUUGCCCCUGCCAGAGAAAUAACCUGAAUGCAAAACCUCAACAUUUUACACACUAUGCAAUCUAUGACUUCAUUGUCAAGGGCAGUUGCUUCUGCAAUGGCCACGCUGAUCAGUGUGUACCUGUUGAUGGCUUCAGACCUGUCAAGGCCCCAGGAGCAUUCCAUGUGGUUCAUGGGAAGUGUAUGUGUAAGCACAACACAGCAGGCAGCCACUGCCAGCACUGUGCACCAUUAUACAAUGACCGGCCCUGGGAGGCAGCUGAUGGCAGAACAGGGGCUCCUAAAGAGUGCAGAACCUGCAAGUGUAAUGGCCAUGCUGAUACCUGUCACUUCGACAUCGAUGUGUGGGAGGUAUCAGGGAAUCGCAGUGGUGGUGUCUGCAACAACUGUCAGCACAACACUGAAGGUCAGCACUGUCAGCGCUGUAAGCCAGGUUUCUACCGUGACCUCCGGAGACCCUUCUCUGCCCCAGAUGCUUGUAAAGCAUGUUCCUGCCAUCCGGUUGGAUCAGCUGUCCUUCCUUUUAGCUCAGUGACCUUCUGUGACCCCAGCAACGGUGACUGCCCUUGCAAGCCUGGGGUAGCUGGGCCACAUUGUGACAGGUGCAUGGUGGGAUACUGGGGCUUCGGGGACUACGGCUGCAGACCUUGUGAUUGUGCAGGGAGCUGUGACCCUCUCACAGGAGACUGCAUCAGCAGCAGUGCUGACAUAGACUGGUAUCAUGAAAUUCCUGCCUUUCAUUCUAUGCACAAUAAAAGUGAACCAUCGUGGGAGUGGGAGGAUGAGCAAGGAUUUUCUGCGCUUCGACACUCAGGUAAAUGUGAAUGUAAGGAACAAGUGUUAGGAAAUCCCAAGGCAUUCUGUGGAAUGAAAUACUCAUACGUGUUAAAAAUCAAGAUUUUAUCAGCUCAUGAUAAAGGGUCACAUGCUGAGGUCAAUGUGAAGAUUAAGAAAGUCUUAAAAUCUACCAAGUUGAAGAUCUUACGAGGAAAGCGAACACUGUAUCCAGAAUCAUGGACAAACAGAGGCUGCACUUGUCCAAUCCUCAAUCCAGGUUUGGAGUACCUGGUGGCUGGACAUGAGGAUGUAAGAACGGGCAAAUUAGUUGUGAAUAUGAAAAGUUUUGUCCAGCGCUGGAAACCAUCUCUUGGAAGAAAAGUCAUGGAUAUUUUUAAAAGAGAGUGCAAGCAGCAAUAAAGGUGUAUAGCCAGGGAUGGCACUUCGCUGUGUAGAACACACACGUCUAAUGAAAAAGAGACCUCAAAAAUGAAACUGGAAUUUUUUAAGUGCCAAAAUGUAGAAAAAUGUUCCAAUGCAAAGGCCUUGUCUAACCUAUCUGUCCUGGACCCAUGUUCAUAAAGACAAGGGAAAAACCCUGUCCUGUUGCCUGUUUUCUAUGGAGCCGAUUCUGAAGGUCAUAGCUAUUGAGAAUAUUUUUGUAGCAAGCAGCAUGGUACCGAGCAGGAAUCCAUUAAGGGCAGUAGGUCUGGCAAUAGGUCACAAGGUCCCAGCGUCAGCUAUGUCUCUUACAUUUGAUACUAUUUACAGUAAUUAAUGAGAUUUUAAAGAAUCCCCAGCUCUACUGUCAGGAAAGGUGUUUCUUUAAAAAGAGCCUUGUCUUGUGUGUUGCUAUGAACUUUGCUGUGUGGGAUGUUGAAUGGAACCUCUCCGUGUGUGUAUAGUGAUUCCUUGUGUAAAGCACUUUACUACCUACCCGUGUUGUGAAAGGUUGGAGACUGCUGUUGACAGGAAGAGAAGAGAAGGGUGUGUGUGGGAACCUGCUGAAACAAGCACUGCACUCACGUGGGCAAAGUAACCACGUGUAAAUGCAGUUACGAUAUUUAACUCUGAACGCCUGGAGAAACUAUGUCAAGAUGCAAGCCAAAAGGAGCAUAUGUUUGCGUGAAGUCUCAAGUUUGGGGCAAGAUGCUGGCCAUAAUGAAGCUUUUAAAAAAAAUAAAUAAAUAAACAAAAAGAGACUUUAAAACAAGAGAAAUGAAUCAUAAAUGUAGAAAUAUGUUUGCGUAAAGGGGAAGUGGACUUUAAAAAGCUCAUCUGUUUGUGAUGCACUUGUAUACACCAGAAAUUAUUGUAGACACAGAAUUUGUUCUAUUUUUGUGUUUAGUAUUUAAACCUGAAUGCUGAAAUGGUUUUCUUCUUUAUUAACAGUUUAUGGUCAUUACAUUUACCCAUUGUUUAACAAUGUAUGUGACAGUUCACCAAAUUAUUGUUUUUCAAUAUUUUUCAUCUUCUAUAUUCAUGCAUAACCACUAUGCAUACAGUUUCUUCUGUACUUGAAUAUACAAAACAGGAACCACAGUGCCAUAACUUUAAAUUCACAUACAGAGCAUAUUUUUUCCUAAGGUCCUGUGGACUCACAAAAAAUAUAUAUAUAUUGCUUUGUUAAUUUGUUUUUAUAUUUCAUGUAUGUAAUAAAGGAAUAUGACCUCCUGA